AUGGCCAGAUUCACUCAGACUGAAACAGAAAGGCAGCAGCAACCACAGCAGCCCCAUCCCGCUCACACCAGCCUGGUUUUCACUGGACCUGGGGCAACACCGAUCCAACAACCACUACUACUUAUCCCUCACCAGCACCAGUACUCUCAGAUCACAUUUCCUAAACCCAUGAACGGGUCAGAAUCCAUUUCAAUUCAUCCGGAGAGCGGCAACAUGAAAGACCAAGAUGCCAUAAAGCUGUUUAUCGGGCAGAUACCGCGGAACCUAGAGGAAAAAGACCUGAAACCUCUGUUUGAACAGUUUGGGAAAAUCCACGAACUGACUGUUCUGAAGGACCGAUACACCGGCAUGCACAAAGGCUGCGCGUUCCUCACCUACUGCGCUCGCGAGUCGGCCAUCAAAGCCCAGAACGCCCUCCAUGAACAGAAAACACUGCCAGGGAAGACAGGAAGCUGUUUGUCGGGAUGCUAAACAAACAACAGACUGAGGAGGACGUGUACCGCCUCUUUGAGCCCUACGGAGUCAUCGAGGAGUGCACCGUCCUAAGAGGUCCCGACGGAAACAGCAAAGGCUGUGCCUUUGUAAAGUUCUCCACACAUGCUGAGGCCCAGUCUGCAAUCAGUGCCCUUCAUGGCAGCCAGACCAUGCCAAACGGCUCCGAUUCUCUCCCCCCCCAGGGCGCGUCCUCCAGCCUGGUGGUGAAGUUUGCCGACACCGACAAGGAGCGCACCAUCCGCCGCAUGCAGCAGAUGGUGGGCCAGUUUGGCAUCUUUAACCCAGCCAUCGCCCUUCCCUUCAGCACCUACAGUACCUACGCACAUGCAGCACUGCUGCAGCAUGACAAUGAGCUCAUGCAGCAGCAGGCAGCCAUCAUGGCAGCGAGCCACGGGGGCUACCUGACGCCCAGCAUGGCCUUCCCCGCCACCCAACUCCACCAGAUGGGGGCACUCAGCAUCAACGGCCUCCCACCCAACUCCAUGACCCCGGUGUCUGGGGAGUUCCACCAGGCACUGGGUCUUAGCUCUCCACCAGCCAACAUCACCACUCCCAGCAUCGUCACUCCCAUCGUCAACGGCUUCACGGGCAUCCCCCACCAUCAGCCCAACGGACAUCCCGCCGUGGAGACCAUGUACAGCAACGGCCUGCCGUCCUAUUCCACCCAGAGCCCCACCGCCGCAGACACCCUCCAGCAAGCCUUCACCGGAGUACAGCAAUACACAGCUAUCUACCCAGCUGGCACACUGACUCCCAUAGGCCAGACACUGCCUCAGCCAUCACAGGUCAUCCAGCAGCAGCAACAGAGAGAAGGUGAGGGGCCCGAGGGCUGUAACCUGUUCAUCUACCACCUGCCACAGGAGUUUGGAGAUAAUGAACUCAUGCAGAUGUUUCUGCCUUUCGGGAGCGUCAUCUCCUCCAAGGUCUUCAUGGACCGAGCCACCAACCAGAGCAAAUGCUUCGGGUUUGUGAGCUUCGACAACCCAGCUAGCGCACAGGCAGCUAUUCAAGCCAUGAACGGCUUUCAGAUUGGAAUGAAGAGGUUGAAAGUCCAGUUAAAACGACCGAAGGAUGCCAGCCGCCCUUACUGACACAACCUAGCCCUCAGUGUUCACUGCAACAGCACAGGUUUUGAGGACAACUGAAGAUAUCUUGGAGUUCAACUUUUUUUCUUUGAAAACAAAAAUUAUGUUUAAAAAAAAUCCACACAAGGAAUUUUGGAAGACAUAUCAGCAUUUACUUAUGAAGAAGACGUAGGCUAUUGCAAUGAUGAAGAGAUUGAAGAAGGUGUGAAGGAGUUGGCAGCAGCUACACCGAAGGACUUCAACGCAACAAACGGCACAGUGCAAGAAAUACAAGAGAAGUUUAAAAAAAAAAAACUGAAAAAAGAUGUGAAACUUUUCUUGUUGAGACUUGAAUUGUUAAUUAAGCAACAAACAAACAAAAAAGCAGCAACAACAAAUAGAUUUCUAUAUACGUAUUAUAUACACAUAUAUAUAAAGAAAGAGGCGCUUGUGGCUUUUACUAUACUGGAUAAAUGAGGGUUAACACUUGAAGAUCAAGAAAAACUGUGGAAAAAAAGAAGCUAUUCUGUCCUACUGAUGGACUUUCUUUCUCUUUCCCUCUUUCUCUUAUUCUCUCACCAUCUCUCAACAAGCGCCAGACUAUGACUUUCUGGGGUCACUGAGGUUUCCAUUAGCUACAGUACAACUGAAAAUCUUUCACCCCUAAGGGACCAAAGGACCAAACAUUUUUAUUGCUCUCAACAGUAAUAUAAUAUAGUAUUAAUGAUACUAAUACUACAAACUACUACUAAUAAUGUUACAAGUUAAAACUUAAGAAGAAACUUACUAGCUUCAGGUUGGAGCAGGAAAAGGGGUUUUUCUUUUAUUUUCCUUUUACAUUUAUAGCUACUGGGUUUGAGAAUAUUAAAAAAUCUUUAAAAAAUAAAAAAUAAAAAAAGUAUUUUAAAAGCUAUACUAUUUUAGUGGACGUAGAAUAUGUGGAUUAGAGAUUGUUUUGGGCAUGUUCAGAUCUGCUGUUAGCAGUCAUCAUUCCAAAUCUGGACUCAUCAUCUUGAACAUAUCUCUCUAGUAACUUCUCUGUGUUGAAGGAACAAAGCAACUCUGAGUAGCUGCUCAUAAAGCGCCACACUGUAGUGCCAAAAGAUAUCCCGGAAAUUGUGUCAAACCAAACAUUCAAGACAUACAGUGUAUUGAACAAUAUUUUCAAUCUUCUGCUGUUUCUAGUCCCCCUGUCAGUGCACUGCGUUCCAUUGUGAUGUAUUAUCAUUGUAGACCACCAUCUUUUUUUAUUGCAGAAAAAGGCAUUCCGUGUCAGGAAAAAGCGAGGCAGCGUCAUUAAAGCACUGAUAAUACAGAUAAUCUGACCAUAAAGCACAGCUGUAAAAGUGCCACCCGGUAGUGUGGAUACGGAGCAGUAAAGAAGCUCAACAUCUUUAACUGGUUAAUAAAAUAUACAAAUUACCCUGACAAUGGUUAUAAAAUUGCCAACCAAGCGUUGCAGUGCCUACUGGGUCCUGCCCCCUACCGCUGCCAGCUUUCUCCAGCUGCUCUCUGCAGGGGGGGGGGGCUCCCUGCUCAAGCACAUCUCUUUUAAUAGGGACCAUCAGUUUAUGGGGACCUGAGACCUAACUCGCAACAUAAUUAGGAUAAUGCUAAUAUUGAUCAGGUGAAGAGCAGCACUGCGGGGCAUGAGAUACACAAUCAAUUACACAUUGGCAUUUCGAAUGAAUUGACUGACUGACAGAGUUCAUUUUUCACACAGCGCCUGCAUGAUAAAUGCAGAAGCACCUUACCCCCUUCUCUCACUGCUUCAGGGAGGGCCUAGACUGACACACAUGUGCUGUGGGCCUGUUUGUGACUGCGAGACAGAAUGCUAUCCUUUUAAAACACAUAUGACAUGUGACAUAUGAUAUACAGAGCAUUCGGAAAGUAUUUAGACCCCUUUACUGUUUCCACAUUUUGUUACGUCACAGCUUUAUUCGAAAAUGUAUUAAAUUGUUAUUUUUCCUCAUCAAUCUACACACAAUACUCUAUAAUGACAAAGCAGAAACUUUUUUUUUAAUGAAAUAUUACAUUUACCGAAGUAUUCAGACCUUUUAUUCAGUGCUUUGUUGAGUUACCGUUGGCAGCGAUUACAGCCUUGAGUCUUCUUCGGUAUGAUCCUACAAGCUUGGCACACCUGUAUUUGGGGAGAUUCUACCAUUGCUCUCUGCAGAUCCUCUCAAGCUCUGUCAGGAUGGAUGGGGAGCAUCGCUGCAAAGCUAUUUUCAGAUCUCUUCAGAGAUGUUAGAUCGGGUUCAAGUCCAGGCUCUGGCUGGGCCACUCAAGGACAUUCAGAGACUUGUCCCGAAGCCACUCCUGUGUUGUCUUGGCUGUGUGCUUAGGGUCGUUGUCAUGAUGGAAGGUGAACCUUCGCCCCAGUCUGAGGAUCUCUCUGUACUUUGCUCCGUUCAUCUUUUCCUCGAUCCUGACUAGUAUCCUAGUCCAUGCCUCUGAAAAACAUCACCACAGCAUGAUCACCACCAUGCUUCACCGUAGGGAUGGUGCCAGGUUUCCUCCAGAUGUGACGCUUGGCAUUCAGGCCAAAGAGUUCAAUCUUGGUUUCAUCAGACCAGAGAAUCUUGUUUCUUUAGGUGCCAUUUGGAAAAUUCCAAGUGGGCUGUCAUGUGCCUUUUACUGAGGAGUGGCUUCCGUCUGGCCACUCUACCAUAAAGGCCUGAUUGGUGGAGUGCUGCAGAGAUGGUUGUCCUUAUGGAAGGUUAUCCCAUCUCCACAGAGGAACUCUAGAGCUCUGUCAGAGUGACCAUUGGGUUCUUGGUCACCUCCCUGACCAAGGCCCUUCUCCCCCGAUUGGUCAGUUUGGUCAGGCAGCCAGCUCUAGGAAGAGUCUUGUUGGUUCCACAGUGUUCUCGGGGACCUUCAAUGCUGCAGACAUUUUUUGGUACCCUUCCCCAGAUCUGUGCCUCGACACAGUCUUGGAGCUCUACGGACAAUUCCUUCAACCUCAUGGCUUUGUUUUUGCUCUGACAUGCGCUGUCAACUGUGGGACCUUGUAUAGACAGGUGUGUGCCUUUCCAAAUCAUGUCCAAUCAAUUGAAUUUACCACAGGUGGACUCCAAGUUGUAGAAAUGUCUCAAGGAUGAUCAAUGGAAACAGGAUGCACCUGUGCUCAAUUUCGAGUCUCAUGGCAAAGGGUCUGAAUACUUAUGUAAAUAAGGUGUCUGUUUUUUAUUUUUCAUAAAUGUGCAAACAUUUCUAAAAGUCUAUUUUUGCUUUGCCAUUAUGGGGUAUUGUGUGUAGAUUGCUGAGGAAAAACAUGUAUUUAAUCCAUUUUAGAAUAAGGCUGUAACGUAACAAAAUGUAGAAAUAUUCAAGGGGUCUGAAUACUUUCCAAAGGCCCUGUAUCAUUCCUGGAAUGGAAACAAAUAGUCUGUAGAGUUUAUUUAGUAUAGCGGCAAACAAUGAGGUCAAACGGAGGAGCAAGUGUAGUGUAGUCCUUCCUGCCUGCUGUAGAUGGGACUGAACUUAAGAGCAGAUGCAAUCUUUCCGGUGGGAAUAGUAGCACGCUGACAGGAGAACUCUUACACCAUGAGGAACAGCUUGGCUUUAGCAGCCUUAGGAGGUCAAAUUAACAGCAAAAUGAUCCAUCAAUUAGACUGCAGCAGGCCUGACAUUAAGUGUAGUUACUGCAGCUGCUGCUCGGAAGGGGAGUCACAAACAGGAACACAACAACAAAACAAACUCUGACGCAGACAGCGUGCUAUUAGCCUGAAGAACCAUUAAUGUGUUGUCUAAUAGUUGGCAACUCCUAUAGCCAGAUGGAGACGAUCAUUUAAAGAGUAUUAGUAAAAAGUCAACUGUUAAAGCAGAAGAGUAUACUAUUCCUAUGAAAUAUAAACAUGUUUUACACUAAUGAUAUGUUUGAGAUGAAAUCGGUUUGCAGAUUUACGUUGUAGCAGUAUUCCUACUCAACUCUAUUCCCUUUUCUAAUUUCCAUCGCAAAGCCAUUCAAUCACCAUACUCAUUCUCCUCUGAUGCCGAUCCAUCUACCACUGAGGAAAGGCCUCUAUCUCCUCUCUCUCCCCCUCCCACCCUCUCUAUCCCUCUCUCUUUCUCUCUCCUGCUCUCUGAGCACUGCCCUGUGCCCUGCUCCCUCUGAAUAUGUAGACACUGUUCUUUUCCACCACACAUCCCGUCUGUCUGAUGUCUGGCAAAUGGCAUAUCUGCUUGAAUGACUGGGCAACAAACCAUCUGAAUGAGAAUUUGACUGCGAGGAUGUGACUGAGCAAGUACCAGCAUGUAUAUUUAGUGCUCUCUGAAGAGUUCUGAAUGCAAGCCUCAGCAUUGAAACCAAAAGGACAAUGCACACUAAACUUGACCACUGAAAGCUACAAAAGGCUGGAGUUCUUGUAUGCUGUCAAAGUGCUGUAAUGCCUUUUAUCAACAUCAGAGGUGCCACAUCUCAGCUGAGUGUGUUUAUAAAGGGACAACCUCUGUUUAAUUCCCCCAUCAGACAUUCAAAUGUUCAUAUUGUAAAGCUAAAAAAGGAAGAAAAGCCAAUAGCAGAUGACGGAUUCACGAUAUUCAUAUGCAGCAGUGCAAAUAUGUGGUAGUAGAUGUUUAAUGACGUAUUAACAGUUGAAAUAUUAGCAAAUUAGAGAACAAGAUCGAUUAAGAACAUAAUGACAGUUUAUUUAAUUUUUUUGCAAGGUAGAUAUUUACCCGUAUUUUCCAAAAGUGAGUUACUGUGGUAGGUCCCUUCUGUUUAUCCUCCCCUGUCGGGACUAGGAACCUUAGUAAACUGUGAUAUACAGAUGUGCCCCUAGCAUCUAGAGCCUUAGUCCAAAAAGAUUUUCUUACACAAAUUUUACUGGAGGGAUUUUUAAAUUAUUAAAAUCAAAUUACAUUUGGCCUUUAACAACAGCUUGGGUAAUACAAAUUAAAGAUGGCAAUUGUGGCUGAAAUGUAAUGCAUUUGAGAAAUGAGAGGUAAUUUUUAUGGAGGGGUAAAAGUUAAGAGUACAAUAAUUGCUACGGAGGCGUGUGGAUGCAAACUGUUUAUAUCAAUUCCAGUAUUAUUUGCCCACAUGGGGUGCGAGUUUACAGGUGCUGUCCUGUCUGAUUUGUAGGCAACAGCAGUAAUUCUCAUUACACUCCAAUUUAAACGACAUGCUUGAGCCAGUGAAAUGUUUUUCAGUGUUUUCAUUGUAGUACCAUUCUGUUCAUACCUUGUCAUUCCAUCUCUCUAACCAUGAUGGUCAUUGAAUCUCUGAGCAUGCUCAAUAGGGGGGCUAGGAGGGGUUAAAGAUUAUAAUUAUGGUACUACUCGUAUUAACAAUAUGAUUCUUUAACUAUGGUUUGAAUGCUAAGGAUAGUAGCUUAUUAUAAAUAUGAAAUCUGUAUAUUAUGGAAAAUCAGCACAGGACCUUUCUUCGGGUAUUAUGGUGGGUGGAAUUGGGAGGGCUGGGAGGGGAGGGUUUUUGCUUUAUAAAGAUGUUACACUUCUGGUUUCUCAGCACAAAGCAUACAAAAAUAUAUAACAAAAGUAUUGAAUCUGUUUAGUAGACUUUACUGACAUGUUAUGGGGCAAGGGAAGCAUUUCAGUGCUAUUCUCUAAACCUGGACCAGAAAAAUGCUGUUUACAGGUUGUUUCAAAGAGGAGAGCGCCACCUAUCUGCUUGAUGGGCUCAGUACAGCAUGGUUAACUGAAAAGGGAAGCAGUACCUUUUUAUAUAUAAAAACAAUUAAAUAUGUGUUCUGUAAUAGCCUGAGAAACCAAACAUUUUUUCCCCGUUGAAAUUUCUUGAAUACUUGCUGCUUAGAUUAUUUCAUAUUAAUGAUUAAUGAUUUAAUGGUUUUAUAAUUAUUUAUUUGAUCAGGUAAGGAACUUGAUAUUUAAUUAUGUAUGUGUUUAUUUAUUUAUUAUUUAAUUGUUUAUUUAUUUCAUUUGUAUUUAUUUAUGUUAUUGUUCUGUUAUGAUAAGGUAUGUAUAAAAAGAAAUGCUUAUUGGGGCUUUUCUCUUUCUCUCCUUUUUUUCAAUUUUACAAUAAAAUUUCAAACUGGA